AUGCUGAACUGUGUCAUCUUUGUAUCAUCAACAUCCCACCAACAUCUCUCCCUUUCUCAACGACCCUUCGCGGUCCGGGGGAAGCUGGGGAGGAGCGGGCAGAGCCCCCCGAGGGGAAGCGAGUUCCGCAAAGGGAAAUUGGAUGACCUGGGGGGAGAACAGCCCCAAACCCUCUUUAUUUCCCCCAGCGAGGUUAUGACGGCUCCGUUACGAGCCCAGAAGGCCAGGACAGCUUUACUCCGUUCCCGGACUGUCUGCCCGGCUCGAGAAGAAACAGCGGGGGCAGUGAUCCACGUGAAAGUGGCCGGGCACGGAGCCCCCGCCGCUGUGUCCCUCCCGUUCCCUCAGCCCUCGCACCCCCCGCUCGCUGCCCGUGUGACACAGAGCGGGUCCCUGCUGCCGGGGCUGCGGCUCGGCCUGGUGCAGCUGCUGGGCCUGCUGCUGCAGCGCUGCGGCGCCUCCAUGGCCCCGUAUCUCGGCGACAUCGCCCGCAUCCUCCAGGCCACCCUGCUCGACCACUAUGCCGAGGUCAGGCGGGAGAGCUGCAGCUGUGCCGCCGCCUGCGCCCGGGCCAUGCCAGAGCACUUCCAUUUGCAGUCAGAGUCUCUGAUAAAACCCCUGAUGCAGACGAUUUCCCACCAACACUACAGAGUGCGUGUUGAUGUGAUUCAGGCUACUGGAGCAGUGAUACAGUUUGGGAAUGCAAAGUCCGUGGAUGAUGUCCUGUCUCAUCUGGCCCAGAGGUUAUUUGAUGAGAUUCCCAAGGUACGACAUGCUGUAACAACUGUCAUUGGAGAAUGGUUGUUGCAUCUACGAGACAGAUACUCUUAUUUUCACAAGUUGAUACCUCUGUUACUUGGCAGCUUUACUGAUGAAAUUCCUGAAAAUACGAAACUGGCUCAGACCUACUGGGAAAAGAUAGGCUUGCAGUGGGAGAAAGAGAAUGAAGAAGAUUUGAAGGAUAAGAUGGAUUUUAGUGUUUCACCAUCUCAUUAUCCCAAAGGAGAGACUCGACCAGGACUGGGUUGUAGGGAACUUGUGUCAAGAAAUCUCUCCAAAAUUCUGCCAGGUCUCUGUCAUGAUAUAACAGACUGGGUUGAAAGCACAAGGAUCAAAGCAUCCCAGCUCCUGUACACAUUACUGCUGCAUGCAGAGGAUCACAUCACCCAACACAUGGAGCUACUGCUGAGAACUCUGUACCAAGCAUGCUCAGAUGAAGAAAGUGAAGUGGUUAAAAAUAGUGUGCAAGCGGCAGAAUUGAUUGGAACAUUUGUCAGCCCUAAGGUGUCUUUGAAAUUAAUCACCCCAGCCUUUGAGCAGACACCCAAAGCAUCCUGUGUGAUGGUUCUGGCUGCAGUGAUUCGAGGUAGCCCAAAAGAAAUCUUACAGCCCCAUGUGACCCAGCUUGGCAACACACUGUCACAGGCUGGAGUCUGUCAGCGAUCUGAAGAGGUCUUUUAUAUGGAGCAGCUGCUUUAUUGUAUACAAGCAUUGAUUGAAGUAUGCCAGGAAGACUGCAAAGAAAUUAGCUUGCAGCUUAUGAAAGUUUUGGUGACCAUAAUGGCAAUACCAUCUUCUCAGGACCUUAAAGAAAAGGUGGAGAUAACAAUGUCUUCAUUAGCUGAAGUGCGGCAACUGGAAAGUUUUCAUUGUCUCUACAAGCAGCACAUAAUGCAGCUGCUGGAGUGGGUUUCAGUGUCAUGUGAAGGGUGGACUUGCUAUUCCCCAGAAGUGUUGCAGUUUGAGGUCAUCACAACCCAUUCAGGUCCUGUCAUAGGUGAAGCUCUGGAUGACUUUGUUCUUGUUCUGAAGACGUGUCUCCAGCCAAACAGAGAUCCCCAGAUGAGGUUAAAGCUUUUUACUGUUCUAUCCCAGUUGUUGCAGAAAGCAAGUGAAACCAUCAAUUCUCAGGGGCUGUUCCCUAGCUACCUUGAGACUGUGAUAAAAGACAUCCUGGCUCCUAAUCUGCAGUGGCAUGCUGGAAGAACAGCAGCUGCCAUCCGUGCUACAGCUGUAUUGUGCCUUUGGGCUCUCAUCCACUGUGAAAUGCUUUCACCAAAAGAGAAUAAAGUGGAAUUCCGACUCCCCGCACAGCCCAGCCCGGCGCUUCCUGUUGGAGUCGGGGGCCACCUGCUGGUACCUGUGCGAACCUUAGCUCUGCCUUGCUCCAAGGCUCCACAGUUUGUUUGGUUUUUUUUAAAUAUCUUAAAAGUGAAAGAUGAGCUGAUGCCCCAAGUUAUUGCUUCCCUGGAUGAAGACUCUAAAAUUACUCGACUAAUGGCUUGUCGUAUUGUUGAUGUUUUUCUAAAAGUCUGUGGGAGGCAGUUUGAUGUAGAUAAAUUUAAGAACACUUACACAGAGGUUUUAAAGCGUCUGGAUGAUGCCUCGAGUGAUGUCCGACUGGCAGCUGCUCACACCUUGGCUAAUUGGUUUAAGUGCUUAAAGGACAGUGAUGUGAAAUCCUCAAUGGAAGGUCAUGUUGAGUUUCUGUACCAAGAACUCUUGGUACAUCUCGAUGACCCCGAUGAAAAUCUCCAAAAAGCAGUCCUAGAAGUUUUAAAGGAAGGAAGCAUUUUAUAUCCAGAUCUGCUGGUGAGAGAAAUUGAAGGGGUUGUACAUAAGCAUCAAACACCAGUCUAUUGUAAUCAGCUGCUGCAUCACAUUCAGUCAGCCAAGGAGUCAGCUUUAUGAAUCACUGCUGAGAUUCUGUUCAGCAAACUGAUGGGAAAUCUGUAUGACCUGAAUUAUCUUUGUAUUUUUGUUUGCUUAAGAAAGGCUGAGCUGGAAAUAGAUUGGUUUUUCUUUGUAAAUUCACUGUUGACUCAUUUGAAAGUGAAAUUGGCACAAUUCUAUGUCCUUUGCAGUUUGAACAGUUCUUUGUAUUUCCUAGCAAUAAAACAAUGUUUUAAUUCACUUUGCAUUGGUUUUUCAGAUACAAGGUUUAAAGAAGGAAUGUUUUUUCAGGAAUUUAAUUUUUAGAUUAUUUAACAAUGUAAUAAUUUAAUGUCAGAGUUACUAAUGUAAUACAGCAAGGAUUCAGUUAUUCAGAAAGCAUUUCAAACUGGAUGAAAUCACACUUCACAGAGUCAGGUAUGUGAUGACCAGUUUUAUUAGGAAAAAAAAGCAGCCAAACUUCUCUUUCACAAUGCAGCAAAGUAUAUAAUGUUUUGAAUAUUCAUAUUUAUGCUGAUAUAAUAGGGCCAUAGUAGGUGGCACUAAAAGAAUAGUUUUUAUUUUUAUUGUAUUACAUUUCAUGACUGAGAGUAAAGCUGAAUUUUUUAAAUUAAGGUGUAUACAUGGGGAAAAAUGUUGUUUUGUCAUUUAGAUUAACGGUAUUUAUAUUUUUGUAUUAAAUAUAUGUCAUUUGCAGUUUUUAUGUUUAUGCCAUUGUGCCUUGGAAAGCAAGCAACAUUUGUUUGCAUAUUGCUUUGAAAUUAAAUUCUGUGACUUUAGGUUGAAGCUUGGUUUCUUUGGGGUUUUCUUCAAUAGCUUUGUAGUGUGUAAGUUUUGGUGUCAUCUUCUAUUCUCAGCUCUGUAAUAAAAUAAGGGAGCUCCUAGAUGCUUGUCUGCACCAUCAUGGGGUAGGAUGCUGGGGUUUUUUUGCACACACAAAUCAUGGAAAAUCAGGAUUCUGAUGUGGGUUUUUAAAAUUAUCUGUGUUACAGACAGAAAGUGCUCUUUGGCUUCUAAUUCCAAGUGCCUUGGCUUUGUGUCAAGU